AUGUUGUGGUGGAAAAGAAUUUUCUAUAAUAUAUGGAUAUUUUCAAUAGUAAUAAUAAUAACUAGUGAGUUUUUAUUUGUAAAUUCGGUAGAAGUAGUAAAAGAAGAAAGAGAAGAAAAGCUUAGUAGAAGUUUCAGUGUACCACAAUAUUGGAAGAAUGUUAAUUUGAUUCGAGCUGUUGAGCUUCAUGAUCCUAUUGUUCGAGAAAGUAUAUCGUAUAAUGUAGAAAAUAUACAUGAAGAGCCUAUCGAUGAAUAUUAUUUUCCUAUUGCCGAGAAAUGGCAUGAUCAUUUAUCAUAUAUUGAAGCGAAGGGGAAAAAAACCAAAAUAUUAAAUGUAGAAAAAGCUGAAUUUGAUUUAGCAAAUCGAAUUCAAUAUUAUAAAAUAUAUUUUGAUCAACGCAUCGAGUCAAAAGGAAAAUAUAGAUUUGAGGUGAAGCUUGCAUAUACUCAUGUUUUAAGACCUUAUCCGUAUGAAAUUGAUCAAAAUGAUAAACAAUACUUGGUAUACGAGGGUAAUGUAUAUGGAAAUAGUGCAUAUUUUACCGAAAGUACCAAAACAAAUAUAAAACUGCCAUCAUUUAAUAUUAUUAGUCAUACGGAGAAACCUUACCCAGUUACUCGUUUAGGAAAUAUGAUUUCAUAUGGAUUAUAUGUAGAUAAAGAACCUAACUCAUAUGAGAAAAUGGUAGUUCAUUAUGAACAGAUAGCAGCAAUAUUAACGGUUAGGAAAUUGAGACGUGAUUUAGAAAUAAGUCAUUGGGGAGGAAACUUGGCAGUUGAGGAACAUUUGGAUAUAAUUAACGAUGGCGCAAAGUAA